GCAAUAUUUUCAGUCGCGGCCGUUAUUUAAAAACACAGUCAUUGCUAUUACUUGCAUGACAGGUGGUUGUAUGCUGUCAAUGACGACGUGCAAUUACUGGAUGGGAUAAUUGUUGUAUACUCUCCAGUCACUAAUAGUACAUCAUACGAUUAAUUCCGUUUUUACGUUGUUACCAAAUGCAAUGCAGCAGCAUAAUGCACUAACCACAAAACGCCCCCCUGGCAUUCAUGAUGAGGAGUAAAGUUUUUACUUUCACAUAGUGCCCAUGCAUGCAUGCAGGACAGCUAGGACACGUACUGUUAAGUUCUAAAAGAAUAUUUAUUAUGAACUCCUGAUUAAUUAAUUGAUGUUCAAUUAAGAUCUGAACGGUACGCGUGGGCGUCGCUAAUUCAUGCUGGGUUGUCGUUACUACGGGCAACAAAGAGGGCUAUAAUUAUCUUCCUGUCAUCAUAAUUAAUACUGAUGCAAGUUUUAAUGAUGAAGAAGUUGAUGUUCUGUGUUUGCUUUGUCUGCACUUCUGUAUUUGGCUAUCCUUAUGGACUUGAAGUCACUGAAGUAGGAGCUGAGUCGGUUAUUUUGAAAUGGCAUUCUACUGAGAAAAAUGUAGAAGAAUUCAAGGUCCAUUGUUCUGGAAUUCGUCAUUACAUGACACCUCAAAAAGAACUACACACAGAACUGGAUGUUCUCACUCAUUUUGUUCCAGGAUCUUUAACUCAUUUACUAAUUGGCGAUGUUCUAACUAACUACAACUACUCGUGUAUAGUUAGUGAGCAGCUUGAGGACAAUGCGCAAGUGCUCGGAUGUCAAGUCAGUGAUCCAUUCCAUUUUUCAACGGACUACAGCAAUCCAGAACAGCCUAGACCACCUGAUAUUCACCUUCAAAAUGACCAACACUUUAGGAUAGACUUGUUUCCAGUUUCGUCUAGGCAUGGACCCCUCCUAGGAUACAAGAUACAGUUUCAUGUUGUAAACGAGGAAGAUCCAAAUGGUAUACCUAUAAUCCCUGAACAUUGGAUUUUUUCAUUUGGAGAAGGAGCUCUACCGAAUCCAAUUGUUGUGUCAAAAGCCCAUGGACCAAGAUCAUUUCAGCUGUCGUUCAGCUAUGAUUCUCUUCCUCCUUACAUUCUGACAGACCAGGAGAUUUUUGCUAGUGCACUAAAGAACAACGUGAAGUAUUCAGUCGUUACAAUUGCUUACUCCAAGAACAAACAGCAAUUAACAAAGAAAUCUGGUGGUAUACUAUUUAGUGUGAGCAAGCCUUCGGAGCCUUUUGUUGCAAUAGGCCGUACCGUGUUUCAUCAAUCAACAGAAAAUGCAUCAUCAGUGAGACCGGGACACCUUGCUGUUGCACUUUCCAUUGGUGUGAUUUUACCUCUACUAAUGAUCAGUUGGGUGGUGCUAAUAGCAGUAUUCCUUCUGUGUAGAGCUCGAAGGAUCAGAUACCAGCUUCAAAACACAUUCACACGACAUGAUAGCAAUGAGUUCAAAAAGACACAGCAGAGUACAGACACUGACAUGUUACGACUUCAGUCUUCACCAGCCAAGGGUGACCACCCUUGGUUGGGUCCAAGCAACGACUCUUGGAAUGCUGUCCAUACAGAAUCUACUCCUACUAUCCACACAGACUCACGUGCCCAUCAAAUCUCACCAUCUGAAGCUAGUAGCAACAGUUUGAUACAGCUUAGCCCUAGUCAUCCAAGCCCUCUCAAUCUAACAGAAUUUGUAAUGUCUGAGCCUACAAUAUACGAUAUAUCGCAUUUUCAUCAACGUUGUGAAACUACAAAUCCCCACAAGUCCAAUGCUGUUCCUCUACAAUACACUACGACUGUUGAUAAGCAUACAGAAGAGUUUAUCACUAGUCAGAGCUAUCAGAAUGAGACAGAACGUAUUCAGUCACCAAAAUUCUACAGUGCACCUGAGUUUUCUUCGGCAGUCUCUACCACUGAACAUUCGGAAAUGAUUAUGCGGUAUUCAAGCAGUUCUGUUUUCCUUCCAAGAGGCUUCUCUGCUGGACCCCAGAUGAAUACAUUUGCUCUGGCCCCACAGCUGUCCCCCAUACAGAGGCUGGCCCCACAGCUGUCCCCCAUACAGAGGCUGUUGAAUAAACUCAGUGGAGAUGAAAGUGAACAGGAGGAUCAGGCGCCAGAACUGGAAAUGGACAUGUAUGAUGUCUAUUAUUAAUUAUAAUUAAUGUAGUACGUUAGUUCCGUUAUCCAUUAUUUAUUACACUAUGAAUCACAUUCCUUCGAAGUGAAGUGGGCGUGGGGACAAGCUGAGGCUAUAUAGCCAAGAACAUGCAUGCAAUUAAUUAUAAAGUGCUCAUAGAGCAUUCACCCCAUGCCUCGGUUUAAGGCGUAUUUUAAUCGGCCUUGAAUCGAAGCUAAUUCAUCCCAUGAUUAUUGCGUUGAUCAUAACUUUUUACCGUAGUUACCCUAGGUUAUACCGUAUAGUGGGAAAUUUUUGUGGGUGCAAAACAUUUUCGUUAAUGGCCAGAAGUAACUUUCACAGUUGAAAUUCGUGUUUUUAUUCCAAGAAACCAUGCCCACAAUUAAGCUUUGCAUGUGCCGUGUAAAUUAUACUGGCGCUUGGAAUUUGUUCCAGUUUUAAUGUUAACUGCUCUGCCCUCGAAAAACAAGAAUUUGCACCACACGGAAAUUUCCCGCUUAUAUACGGUACAUGUACUUGAGAUAAUUACAAUUUAUAUGUGUACCGAUUCAGUGUAUUGGGCCUGUAUGUUAUCACGUGACCGAAAAUGAAAAUGUGCUGGCCAAUGCAUGUCGGACCUCCUCUGCCAUGGUACUCCAUCAAAGUAUGCUGUCACAAACUUCCUAGCCUAGAUCCCAGCCCCUGAGAGCGGCCUGGAAUCAAGGCUACAAAUUUCCAUGCAAG